UUGGGGGCGCCCAGGCCCCCCAUCCCCGCCAGCAUGGCUCGGCCGCCACCCCUUGGGGAGCUGCCCCCGGGCUACACACCCCCAGCUCGAUCUGCAGCACCCCAGAUCCUAGCUGGGAGCCUUCAGGCUCCACUCUGGCUUCGUGCUUACUUCCAGGGCCUGCUCUUCUCUCUGGGCUGUGGGAUCCAGAGACACUGUGGCAAAGUGCUCUUCCUGGGACUUUUGGCCUUUGGGGCCCUAGCAUUGGGUCUCCGCGUGGCCAUCAUUGAAACAGACCUAGAACAGCUCUGGGUGGAAGCGGGCAGCCGGGUGAGCCAAGAGCUGCAAUACACCAAGGAGAAGCUGGGGGAGGAGGCUGCGUACACCUCCCAGAUGUUGAUACAGACCCCGCGCCAGGAGGGGGAGAACGUCCUCACACCUGAGGCACUUGGCCUCCACCUCCAGGCAGCCCUCACCGCCAGUAAAGUGCAAGUAUCACUCUAUGGAAAGUCCUGGGAUUUGAACAAAAUCUGCUACAAGUCAGGAGUUCCCCUAAUUGAAAAUGGAAUGAUUGAGCGGAUGAUUGAGAAGCUGUUUCCCUGCGUGAUCCUCACCCCCCUCGACUGCUUCUGGGAAGGAGCCAAACUCCAAGGGGGCUCUGCCUACUUGCCGGGCCGCCCCGACAUCCAGUGGACCAACCUGGAUCCAGAGCAGCUGCUGGAGGAGCUGGGCCCCUUUGCCUCCCUUGAGAGCUUCCGGGAGCUGCUAGACAAGGCACAGGUGGGCCAGGCCUACGUGGGGCGGCCCUGUCUGCACCCUGACGACCUCCACUGCCCUUCUAGUGCCCCUAACCAUCACAGCAGGCAGGCUCCCAAUGUGGCUCAGGAGUUGAGCGGGGGCUGCCAUGGCUUCUCCCACAAGUUCAUGCACUGGCAGGAGGAACUUCUGCUGGGAGGCAUGGCCAGAGACCCCCAAGGACAGCUGCUGAGGGCAGAGGCCCUGCAGAGCACCUUCCUGCUGAUGAGUCCCCGCCAGCUCUACGAGCACUUCCGGGGCGACUACCAGACACACGACAUCGGCUGGAGCGAGGAGCAGGCCGGCACGGUGCUGCAGGCCUGGCAGCGGCGCUUCGUGCAGCUGGCGCAGGAGGCCCUGCCUGGGAACGCGUCCCAGCAGAUCCACGCCUUCUCCUCCACCACCCUGGAUGACAUCCUGCACGCCUUCUCUGAAGUCAGCGCUGCCCGCGUGGUGGGAGGCUACCUGCUCAUGCUGGCCUACGCCUGCGUGACAAUGCUGCGGUGGGACUGUGCUCAGUCCCAGGGUGCUGUGGGCCUCGCCGGGGUGCUGCUGGUGGCCCUAGCGGUGGCCUCGGGCCUCGGGCUCUGCGCCCUGCUCGGCAUCGCCUUCAAUGCCGCCACUACCCAGGUGCUGCCCUUCUUGGCACUGGGCAUUGGCGUGGAUGACAUAUUCCUGCUGGCACAUGCCUUCACAGAGGCUCCACCUGGCACCCCUCUCCAGGAGCGCACAGGUGAGUGUCUGCAGCGCACAGGCACCAGCGUUGCACUCACGUCCAUCAACAACAUGGUCGCCUUCUUCAUGGCUGCCCUAGUUCCCAUCCCUGCACUGCGGGCCUUCUCCUUGCAGGCAGCAGUAGUGGUUGGCUGCAACUUUGCAGCCGUGAUGCUUGUCUUCCCAGCGGUCCUCAGCCUGGACCUGCACCGGCGCCACUGCCAGCGCCUCGAUGUGCUCUGCUGCUUCUCUAGCCCCUGCUCUGCUCGGGUGAUUCAGAUUCUGCCCCAGGAGCUGGGGGAUAGGACAGUACCAGUGGGCAUUGCUCACCUGACUGCCACUGUUCAGGCAUUUGCGCACUGUGAAGCCAGCAGCCAGCAUGUGGUCACCAUCCUGCCUCCCCAAGCCCACCUGGUGCCCCCACCUUCUGACCCACUGGCCUCUGAGCUCUUCAGCCCAGGAGGGUCAACACGGGACCUUCUAGGCCAGGAGGAGGGGACAAGGCAGAAGGCAGCCUGCAAGUCCCUGCCCUGCGCCCGCUGGAAUCUUGCCCAUUUCGCCCGCUCUCAGUUUGCACCCUUGCUGCUCCAGUCCCACACCAAGGCCAUGGUGCUGGUACUUUUUGGGGCUCUUCUGGGCCUGAGCCUCUAUGGAUCGACCUUGGUGCAGGAUGGGCUGGCCCUGACAGAUGUGGUGCCGCGGGGCACCAAGGAGCAUGCCUUCCUGAGCGCCCAGCUCAGGUACUUCUCUCUGUACGAGGUGGCCCUGGUGACCCAGGGUGGCUUUGACUACGCCCACUCCCAACGCGCCCUCUUUGAUCUGCACCAGCGCUUCAGUUCCCUCAAGGCAGUGCUGCCCCCACCGGCCACGCAGGCACCCCGCACCUGGCUGCACUAUUACCGCAACUGGCUACAGGGAAUCCAGGCUGCGUUUGACCAGGACUGGGCUUCUGGGCGCAUCACCCACCACUCAUACCGCAAUGGCUCUGAGGAUGGGGCCCUAGCCUACAAGCUGCUCAUCCAGACCGGGAAUGCCCAGGAGCCUCUUGAUUUCAGCCAGCUGACCACAAGGAAGCUGGUGGACAAGGACGGGCUGAUUCCACCUGAGCUCUUCUACGUGGGGCUGACCGUGUGGGUGAGCAGUGACCCUCUGGGUCUGGCAGCCUCACAAGCCAACUUCUACCCCCCACCUCCCGAGUGGCUGCAUGACAAGUACGACACCACCGGGGAGAACCUUCGCAUCCCGGCGGCCCAGCCCCUGGAGUUUGCCCAGUUCCCCUUUCUACUGCACGGACUCCAGAAGACUGCAGACUUCGUGGAGACCAUUGAGGGGGCCCGGGCAGCGUGUGCCGAGGCAGGCCAGGCUGGGGUGCGCGCCUACCCCAGCGGCUCCCCCUUCCUCUUCUGGGAGCAGUAUCUGGGCCUGCGGCGCUGCUUCCUGCUGGCAGUCUGCAUCCUGCUGGUGUGCACUUUCCUCGUCUGCGCCCUGCUGCUGCUCAACCCCUGGGCAGCUUCCCUCAUAGUACUGGUCCUGGCAGUGAUGACCGUGGAGCUCUUUGGCAUCAUGGGUUUCCUGGGCAUCAAGCUGAGCGCCAUCCCCGUGGUGAUCCUUGUGGCGUCUGUAGGCAUUGGUGUCGAGUUCACGGUCCAUGUGGCUCUGGGCUUCCUGACCUCCCAGGGUAGCCGGAACCUCCGGGCUGCCCGGGCCCUAGAGCACACAUUGGCCCCGGUGACCGAUGGGGCCGUCUCCACAUUGCUGGGUCUGCUUAUGCUUGCUGGUUCCAACUUUGACUUCAUUGUAAGGUACUUCUUCGUGGUGCUGACAGUACUCACACUCCUAGGCCUCCUCCAUGGGCUUGUGCUGCUGCCUGUGCUGCUGUCCAUCCUGGGCCCCCCACCAGAGGUGGUACAGAUGUACAAGGAGAGCCCGGAGGUCCUGAGCCCACCAGCUGCACAAGGAGGAGGGCUCAGGUGGGGGGUAGCCCCCACCCUUCCCCAGAGCUUUGCCAGAGUGACUACCUCCAUGACCGUGGCCCUCCGCCCACCCCCACUGCCUGGUGCCUACAUCCACCCGGCCUCUGAAGAGCCUACUUGGUCCCCUGCUGCCACACCAGCUGCCAGUGGCUCCAGCAACCUCAGUUCUAGGGGACCAUGUCCAGCCACCUGAUGAAAGAGCAGCUGAAGCGUGGAGACCCUGUUCAGGCCACAUGAAGGCACUGGGAAGCCAUGGGGGGUUAUUGAAUGCAGGGCGGACUCCUGGAGAGCCCUGCUGCUGCUCCUGUCUGCCUCCAUCUCCUCCCCGACCCAGCCAUCACAGACCUCCCUGAGAGCCACACUAAGCCACCACCCUCUAGGCUGUGAGCAGCCUUGCACACCCGGGUGCUCCAUGCCUGUGCCCAUGACUGGGUGGGGUGAAAGCCAGCAAGCACUUCAGGCUGCAGUGCAGCCCUGUCCCCCCUCCCACCCCGCCCUGCUGCCCCCAGCAGACCAAGCCUGAGGGAUCCUCUAGCACCCUUCUCCAGUCCUGGUGCCCCACUGCUUGCUGACUUCUGGGUAGGCUCUCUGUAUCCCUGCCCACCUCUUACCACAUAAAUUAUUUAUAUGGAGACGUUUAUUUUUGUAGUUUGUAUAGAUGUUAGCUAUGCUGAAAGUUGUAUUUUUAAAAGUGAAAUAUAUUCUAUAUGAACUCAUCUCAAAUGACUUUGG